UUGUAUUGGAAUUGCAUUCCGAACGGACACUUGUACAAUUUUGUGAUCCUACAUGCAAAUAGUUAUUAUACAUUAGAUAAUAUCUUGAGAAAUAAAUUAUGUUAGACAGUCUUGGACACGAAUAUCAAGAGAUGGCCGAGAGUUGGAGCGAGAUUGAGCGGUAUAUCCACAGCAACAACCACUGUGUGGACCAGCUGGGCAGCCCCUUGUCACCGGCGCAGACCCCUGAAUCCCCGAUAUCAAAUUACUCGUGCAGCAGCCCCGGAAGUGCCUGCACAGGAUCACCGGCGCCAGCAGGAGUCAAUCAGGAACUGUACGAUGAUUUACUAGAUCUGGACUUCAUUUUGUCAAAUACUGUGGACAAUAACAUGUCGAUGUAUCAAGAUGAAAUGAGUUGUAAAAUCAAGCAGGAACCCGGCCUUGUUGAAGGCCUCCCAGACUUUUCCUCAAGUUUCUUGGACAUACCUGAUAUUAAGUAUGACAGUUGUAAUAGUGGUAAUAUGGAUACUAUGCCUUCACUAUGUCCCGAAGUGGAAUCGAAUAAAAUGGACUUUAAUAAACAAGUAAAGCAAGAAUACUCGAGCAGCUCGUGCGCAUCGUUUAAUGUUAACGCCUCCGUGCCGUCUUCUAUUCAUCACUCGUGCGCGCCAGUGUCUCCGCAGCAAACCCAUAUGUCGUACUCAAUGAACAUUCCAAACUCCAAGGCGCACGAAAUGUACCACGGCAAAUGCUUACCCGCAAUGUCGCACAUGUCACAGGCAAUGACGCACCCACAAAUGCGGUUGGCGGGAUCCAUCCCCCAUGCGGGUCUAAGUUAUCAACAACAGCAGCAUUAUCAACAGUUCCUUCUUGCGCAACAGGCGAUGCACGGACACAUUACGCAACUUCCGCCUAACAUGAUUACCCCACCGACGUCGCCGCGACAAUUCGUCGACAUGCUCACCUUACCGCAAAGCAUUAUGGACCCAACAGUCGUGCAACCGAAGAAGCGCGGGCGUCGCACGUGGGGCCGCAAACGCCAGACUACGCAUACUUGUACGCAUCCCGGAUGUAGCAAGACCUACACUAAGAGCUCUCACCUCAAGGCACAUCUGCGCACGCACACAGGAGAAAAGCCCUACUGUUGCACGUGGAAAGGAUGCGGAUGGAAGUUCGCGCGAUCGGACGAACUAACGCGUCACUUCCGGAAGCACACCGGCGAUCGGCCGUUCCAGUGCCAUCUCUGUGAGCGAGCGUUUUCACGCAGCGAUCAUCUGUCACUCCACAUGAAACGCCACAUAUGAAAGACUGUAAAAGCGUUUCAGCUACUGUGAUCUGAUCGGAAGCCCAACCGGUGCUUGUUACGUUGGUGAACUCUUUUGAUAGGAACACUGAUCCUAGUUUUUAAAUGAAGGAGACUAUUUAUAUUUAGACCAACAUUUUGUAAAAUGUUGUGUUGAAUAGUUCUUUAGUCUGCGCGUUGUAUUGAAUAUGAUUAUUUUUUAUGCGCGAUUUUUGCAUAAAGACGGGUUCAGGUUUUGUCAGAGAUGGCUUCACCUUGGCCUUGGUAGGUCAACUAAGCGGUGCUGGUCGCCCCAUGUUGGCAUACAGUUUAGGCGGGUGCUCUGAGGUGUAGAUAUUCGUUCAAAUACGAUACAUGGUUUAUGUAUUGAGACCAAGCGAUGAGAAAUGGAAGCAGACGUGUUGAUAUAAUUAUUAAAGGACGACUUGUUGUAAAAGUUGUUUCAAAGGCAGCCAUUUCGUUGGUUAAAACUCUGCUUUCAUUUCUGUUGUUUUUUUGUUUUUGUUACUGGUCGCAAGAUUAAUUGUUACAUCUGGUUUUCAUAUUCAUUGUUACAUUGAUAUUAUUGAUUAUUUUUUUUUUUGUUUUGCAAGUUUAAACACCGGAAAGUAUUUUAUACAGAAUGGUGUAAUGUUUUAUUAUAAAGUGUAUAAUUUUAUAUAAAAUUUUAAUCAAAACAGCGACUGCGCUUAGCUAAGGAAGAAAAGUGCUACCAACUAUAUUUGCUUUAAAUUUGAUAUAUUUUUGUAUGUUUAAUAUAGUUAUUUUCUAUAGCUUUAACUUACAAAGUGCUUAACAACUUUAUUAUGAUAACCGUGCCUAAACAGUUGCUUAAUUAAGCAGCCUUAUGAAUAUUUUUAAAUCACCAUAUUGAAUCUAUGUGCAAUUGAAUGUGUUCAAAACAUCUUUGUGACUCGUGGCGAAGUUUCUCUGUAGACCUUUUAGGUCGCAUGACUAAAUUGCACGUGGGAGCACCUUCCACGUGCAGUAAGUCUUAAUUACUAUACUCUUAUAGAUUAGUUAUAAAUAUUCCAUAUUUAACCAGAAAUUCUUAGCAAAGAUCUUAGCAGUCAUGCAAUGAAAUAUUUUAUUCUUGGAUAAAAUACACAGCAGCCACAGACUUGUAAUUUAGUUUGAAAUAGUGUGGACAUUUUGAGAAUGUACUAUGAUUGUAAAUUGUAUUUAUUUAUUAGUUGCUUCGAGUUCCAAUUUUUGCUUACCUGUUUCUUAUAGAUUGAAGUUGAUAUAUAUAUUUGUUACUUCCGUUACAAUGGCGCAGUGUUACACUCGCCUCUGUUAUCUUUCAUAUUUCUUGUUUUCUUCAAUAACUAAGUGCUAUGCUAGUCAAAACUUUGAAUUUGUAAACACUUGUGCCAUUUACUUUAAUAUCAUUCUAUCAGAAAUCGAUGAUGAACAUUUAACAACGAAUUAAUUUAGACAACGAAAUACAAUCAUGUAUAAUUCACUGCCAUUCAUUCAUUUCAUUAGAAGAUGCCAUGUUUGUUUAGACAUUCGUAUGAAAAUAGUGUACCAUUUCCUGGUGAUAUUAUUGUAUUCAUGGAGCCAUAUUUGAGCAAAAUCCGGGCAACCGGGUAAAAUGUUAUUUUGAGCAAAUAAACUGUUAUAUUUUUA